UACUGUAGCCAGAUCAAGGCGAAAGGCGAUUUUCUCAAUAAAAGAUUAGGCCUACAGUUCGAUAGAUCACGAUGGAAUUGAGUUCUUUGGAAAUCAACGAGAUAGCGAGUCUAAUCGACAUCAAUGUUAUUCGAAAACUUGGAUUGCAUUUUGGUUUUGAACAUGCAGAGAUACAGCGUUACGAAAAGACGAAUAACCAAAAUCCUUCACAAUGUAUUGGCACCGAGGAUAUGAUGGUUGCCUGGCACAGGAAGGGCGGGACAAGGGAACAGCUCUGCGGGGCUCUCAGAGCAGUUGAUCAAAGCAGAUUAGCCAUCAGAAUUGAGAGCGGUGAGUUUCGGGUUGCACCAGUUGCUGCACCAGCUGCUGUACCACUUUCUUCACCAGUACCAGUUUUGGUACCAGGACCAGUACCUACACCUUCGGGUAUGCACAAUCCUCCAUGUACAGCCGUGAAGCAACAGACUGGAGAGCCUGAGGCAGCUUUACAUGCACAGUCUUCUAAUAGCAAUGAUAGGCCACAUAGAACAGGAAAGGUAGCAGCAAGUGUUGAUCUUGAAAGAGUUAUACCAAAUAUUGCACAGGAUAUUCGGCAAGAUCAAAUUAACCAACUUGGUCGUGCUCUUGGUUUUAGACAAGCCGAAAUAAAAAGAUAUGAAUCAACAAACGUCAUAAUGGGCAAAGUGACAGUGACAGGUACCAGAAACAUGCUCCAUGACUGGAAGUCAAGAACGUCUAUAGCAAAGCAAAAGGAUGAGCUAAGGCAAGCACUUGUGGAAUCGGGGUUGACAGAAGUUGCAGACGAGCACCUACCACUGGGUGAGUUUCGGGUUGCGCCAGUUGCUGCACCAGCACCAGUUCCGGUACCAGGACCAGUACCUACACCUUCGGGUAUGCACAAUCCUCCAUGUACAGCCUCAAAGCAACAGACUGGAGAGCCUGAGGCAGCUUUACAUGCACAGUCUUCUAAUAGCAAUGAUAGGAAUUGCAGCUUGAUGGAAAAUACAUUGGCCAAAAUGGAGUCUUUGAAUACUUCUGUACUUUACAGGCCACAUAGAACAGGAAAGGUAGCAGAAAGUGUUGAUCUUGAAAGAGUUAUACCAAAUAUUGCAAAGGACAUUCAGCAAGAUCAAAUUAACCAACUUGGGCGUGCUCUUGGUUUUAAACAAGCUCAAAUAAAUAGAUAUGAAUCAACAAACAUCAUAAUGGGCAAAGUGACAGUGACAGGUACCAGAAACAUGCUCCAUGACUGGAAGUCAAGAAUGUCUAUAGCAAAGCAAAAGGAUGAGCUAAGGCAAGCACUCGUGGAAUCGGGGUUGACAGGAGUUGCAGACGAGCACCUACCACUGGGUGAGUUUUGGAUGGCAUAGCUGGGAUCUUACAUAGAGAAGUGUGGCAAAGUUCAUUUGAUAUUAUACUGAAAUAAAUGCUCGUAAAAUCAGAAUCAGAGACUCCUCUCAAUGGCUACCAGCAAUAUUUGACAGUCAUGACCCAUUGGAAGAUCUGGUCACUAGGCACACCCGCAAAUAUCCAAUGUAGUCGUUGCUGACAGACUCGUCGUGAAACUGACCAAAGACAUACUUGGAGACUUGAAAGAAGACAAGUAUGGUUGAGAAUCUGAAAUAUUGCAGGGGAAGUCAACAUGGAUCUUCACUUGUUUCCUUCCAGUCAGAUUGAACUGUAAUAUAUAUAUAUACUAGUCUCAGAUGAAUCCAUGUAUUAUUUGUGAGUUUCUACAAAUUUGUGAGUUUCUACAAAUUGCAAGAAGCCAGAAAUAAUAUAGACUAAAAAACUAUCUUUACAUAAUUUUAGUUGAUUAUUCUAUUACCGAGUAUCGCGAUCAUAAUCUGAGCAUUGCACUUGUAUGAUUUUUAAAAGACAAAACAUUUAACCUGCCACGGUAUGGUAACUUUGAUAUCAUAUUGCAACUCAAUGAAACUGAUGGUAUAGUUUAACCUUGCUUACCUGAAUAUAUUUAUUUUUGUAGAAGACUAUUUAAAUGCUCUGUUAUCUCAAAUGAUUUUUUUUUUUAAUAUUUCAUUGAAAACAAUUAUUUCACCUAGAAAUCAUAAAUUUUGCCAAAUAUGAGAUUAAUGUUUAUGUUACAAGAACCAUACAUUAUGGGUGAGUGAGUUAGCUCUGUCGGUGAAGCAUCAGCCUAUUGAACCAAAGGUCGUGGGUUCGUCGUGUUCACCCUGGGCAGAUGACUGAAGCUUACAUGUGUGUUAAUGUGCACCUUCUCCUGUUUCAUAGAUGCAGGCUAUGUUACAGUUGAAAUCACUCCAUCCCUCGGAUUGGACGUUAAGUGGAGGGUUAUGGAACCCCCUUUUAAAGGAGAGUAACCACCUUUGCAAUGUACUAUUCAUAUGGAGUAUGGGGAAACACCGCUACCCUAAUCAGUUAUAUCCGGAGGAGAGACCUGCAGGUCAUCAGUUUGCUUUCUGCCUCCCAGGCAUGGAUGAUGCCAAACAAAAUGAUAAUAAUAAUAAUUCAAAGUGUUCAGUCUGUUUUACUAUGUGUUACAGUUAGGUUAUAAUGAGUUUAGAGAGUUUUAACUGAAAACUCUGAAAACAUAUUCAAUACCAAAGCUUGUCACCUGCUUCGUGGUAACCUAGCAACUAGACCAUGUUAUUUUAGCUUUCCAAAAGAAAGACAUAGCUCUAUGAACUUAUGAGAACCUGGUCAUGGAAGUAUUCAUCACAUCUGGCAAGGUUUGAUGGAGGAAAUAAUGAUGAUAGUAAAAACUUUCUUCAACAUAUGAUCCUGUGUUAAUGCUGUAUGAUAGUGUAAUCAUCUGUAAUGCAGCAAAUCAUGUUCUGCAUCAUUUACUAAAUUUUCCAGCUACAGUGAAGAUUUAAUGAAGCGUGCUGCAGCUGUAAGAUGAACCUAACAAGUUAUUUAUCAGUGAUUGUUUGAAAAAAAAAUCUUCAACUCUCCACCUGUCGCAAGGGGUUGGAACAUUCCAACCUCUUGAUUCAUUUUGUCCAUUUCUUCCAAACUUGAUGAAAGUGUAAUAAGUGCCUUUUACACAACUGUAAAUACAUGUAAUAUGUUUGAAUGUCAUGAAAAUGCAAAUUAAUGUCAGCAUUUUAUUCUACAUGUACAAAUAUUCAUAAUGGACUGUAUUUCUUUUUCAGGGGGGCUGCUUGAUAACGCUAUAAGUUGAUAGAUUACUAUUGACUGAACAAUGCUCUAGAUUAUAAAGUGCCAUUUUAGGUAGGCCUACUGAAUGUUUCUCAGAUUAUGAUAUUUAACAAAAGGGACUAUAUUCUCAAUAAUCAUAUUAGAUUUUUGUAUUAGGAAAUAAUUUGCAUUGAAAGGAUGUAAAUUAUUUUAAUCUGCAUACAUGUACAAAUAUGUCCUUUGAAUAUAUGUGAUAUUAUUCAAACCAUUAGUCAAGGUUGGGUCGCACAUGCAUGUCACACAAAUUUUCAACCUAUAGUCUUCCAUUUCUAAUAAGUUUGAUAGGGCAAAAUUUGUAAUAGUGUGUGAAGCAGACAGUACCUUUCCUAACCAUCAUGUGCAUUCUUGUUAAGGCAAUUUGUGAGCUUUCAAAGAUUAUACACUGUCAAUGAAAAAAAAGAAGAUCAUUGACAAUAUUGAAAAUAUUGUGCAUUUUACUUAUUUCCAUAGUUUCUAAAUAUAUUUUCUAUUUGUUUUUCAGUCUUUGGGAGAGUCAUUGUCAUAAUUUUAUGAUUUUUAUUUCGUUAAUCAGUUUAUUUGCUCUUGAUCAAAAUUAAUUUGGUAUUCGCACCACGUUUCUUUGACAAAUGAUGCCAUCAUUAGGAGGAUAAUGUACUUGGCAAAACUUAGAAUGGAUGUUAAAUUUCUUGACAAGGAUGUAUCUACCAAUUAUUUAAGUAUUAACUUGAAAUCAUGAAUUGAAACAUUUCUAUCAUUUUAAUCAGAUUGACAAACAGAGCAGAGGGUAUAAUCAUUACUAUCAUGUAAUAAAAAUGAUAUGUAUAUAUAUUUUGAAAACGUCUUUCAAAAAUCCGGCAAUAUAUUUUUAUAAUAUAUAGAAGUUGUUAUAAAUGAAAUAUUACAUUUGUAAUCUGAAAAUAAGCGGAUGAAAAUAUGUCCCUUUUAUCAUUUUAUAUUACUUAGGCAAGUGCAUUUAUUUCUUCUUAUUAAUUUUUUAAGGAAAAUCAUAGUUUAUUUAUUGUUUAUUUAUUUAUUCUUUUUUUAUGUACAGUCUUCAUUUCAUUCUUAAAGAAUAUAUAUAUAUGAAUUUUUGUUACAGUAUGUGUUUUUAGAUGAUUGCAUUCCAAUGUCAAGGUAAUUGGUUUAGUGUUGUGAAUGUUGUCUGAUAUUUCAAAAUUAUGAGUAUUUUCUUAUAGAACAAAAUUUAUUCUAUAUUGUCUUUAUGCGUUUGUACUCAAAUCAUUUAAUAGUACUUUGGAUGGAUAUCUGUAUUUUUAUUACAAACGAUUUUAUACUGUACUUCGUAUUAAAUGUAUAUUUUGGAAUAUGCAGAAGGAAACGCUUAUCCAUUCAUGAUGCAAUAAACUGAAUGAAUGU